CUCGUACCACCACCAGCUCAUCCCCUCAUCUCUUUAUUUCGCUUGCACUUCGACUCAACGAAACCUGCGCGAAAUUUGAUCAUAUCUGUGAACUCUCUAGCCUCAGACCAGUUCAUAUCUAUUCAAUUAUCAUGGCUGCCCGGAUUCUCAACUGUCGCGAACUCAUGGACGAGAUCUUCAGUCACUUUGCCACGCGCAUUGACUCCUCAGGCGAAUACGAUCCCGAGGCUGCCGUCAGGAACAAAUGGAAUCCGACUCUCGUCAACACCGCGCUGGCGGGCAAGGCGCUGUACGAGCCUGCGCUCGACGUCCUCUGGAGUCACCUCGACAACCUUGACCCGCUGCUCGCGCUGCUCGGGACGUGGAAGCACAGGAAACAGAGGAAGUGGGCGGAGAAUGUAUUGGACAGCAAAGACGACCCCAUCCAAAUCCUAACAGACAAGCUCUCUCACGAGCGUUUCGCGCGGUUCCAGCAUCAUGCACGGCGCGUCGUCUCUACCAACGGGCUUAACCGGUCUGCCGUUCAUAUGACCAUCUGGCGCUCGCUCUCCUCCAUGGCCGGCGGGCGACCGCUCCUCCCGCGCUUGCGCCGGGCGAUCUGGUACCUCGGCUCGGUCUAUGAGGUCGACCUCCUCCUGCUCAUUCCUCCCACUCUCCGUUUCCUCGACGUGCAGCACUGGAACGCGGUGUAUGGCCCGGAGCACUUGGAAGGGAUGAUGCGCAAAAUCAAGCGGGCACUGGGGUCGCGCGACCAUGUGUCGGACCAAAUGGCCAUCAAGAUUACGGAAGCGGCGCCGGACUUGACUCGGAUCCGGAUCUGCACGCCGGGGUUCAGGGCUUUGGCCAUCCUCUCGUGGUUCCGCAACCUCUCGGAGUUGACAAUCAACUGUACCCGCGAGUGCAUUCUCCCGGGUGGCGGCUGCAAGGUGCUGUUCCCGCAACUGCGGUCUCUCGAGGUCUAUGCUCCUGUGGAUUCUCUCAACGCUCUGCUGGCGACUGUCGACUGUCCCAAGCUGCGGCACUGCUCUGUGAGACCUCAUCCCUCAUGUGGCACAGACCGCCUUCAGGAAUGUUUCGAGAUCAUGGUCCGCGCCUUUGGGACCCUGGAAAGCGUGAAGGUCCGUGGAUGGAGGCAAAAAUACGCCGAACUCGAAGCGGACGUCUCUGUGCCGCUCGCCGCUACUGCCGUGCGCGUCCUGUCUCAGCUGCGGUAUCUCAGGUCUGUCGAGCUCUCUGGGUGUCCGAGGUUCUGGAGGGACGGCUUGUCCUUGGAUUCGAUGUUCAAGGCCUGGCCCUGUCUACGCUCACUCAAGUUGACGCUCCUCGAAGAAGUACCAGGCGAUUUUUACGAGUACGAGACGGCCGCCGCAUUAGAGGUCGGCUGGGUGGACCUGGGGUUGAUACCUAGUCCCUCGCUGCAGACCCUGCUGGAGAUUCCUCGGUGGUGCCCUGAUCUGCGCGUGCUGGAGAUACCGGUGGUCGAAGUCUUUCACCUCCCGAAGGCGUACACGGGGCCGCCGGUCAACCUGCCUGUCGCGAGGUUCUGGUCGGUCAAAACGCGCAAGGCCGCGGACAAGCAGGCAGUCUGGGACGCGAUCAAUCUCGUCUCGAAGGAGGCGGAAGUGUACAACUGGCUGGGUGUGUGGGACGAGGAGGUGCCAGGGCGGGACCCGCUUGCGCCCAUCAUGAUCAACUGA